AUGGCUCGCACAUUGUCAUCCCUCGCUGAAAAUACCGCAAUUGCACCUUUACUCCUGCAGAGGGGGGGCAAGAAGAAGACGGAAAUAGAAAAGUGUGAAGCGGCUGGUGCAAACCAUACGCUGCUAAAGAAACUGCAUUCUGACAAGUCAAACAAUAUUUAG